CGCACACCUACUCCCCCACCCCUCCGAAAGGAUGCGUAUGUUUCUCCAAAACGUGUCUUCCAUCUUCUCCGUUAGAAAUAGAGAUACCUAAGGGAGUGAAUAACUCAAAUCCUUAAUCAGAGUGACUCUUCAGUUCCAGUUCAAAAGAGAUUUGUUGGAGAAAAAUUAGCAAAACAGACCACAAUAAUAGUGGUACCAUUCCUAAAAUCCAGAAGUUGGCUUUUCCUUUUUACUUCAAAUUUCACCUGAGUUUUGCUGGUCUUUGCUGCGUGUGAUAGUAACUUGACAUAUUCUUGGACUUUCCUUCUCUUCAAAGCUUUGAUUACAAAUCUGUCGGUGGUGGUUCUUGUUAUUGUUGUUGAAAGUGUCUCCAAAACUAUUCUUUUGAAGGCACUUUGUUAAUUUCUUCUGUAAGGUUGACAUGAAUCCCUCAAAAACUCUAAAGUAUGAAAUGGGACAAGCUUCAAAAAUUCCCAAGCAUGAACUCAUUCAGCCAGGUGCCUUAGCAAAAGGACUAGGUCAAAGAAGACAAUGCUCCCCUCCAUCAAGAAGCUGAAAUGAAUCAAUACACGUUGACCAGUGAUGCAAGGGGUCAGGGACAAAGCUUAAGGAUUAAUGCUGAAAAAAGGACUAUGAUUGGCAAAAAUAAAAAUACUACAACAACUUCCAGUCAAAAUAAGCCAGCAAAGAAAAGUAUCCCUGUGCCUCCUGAUUUUAAUCCAAUGGAAGACAAUGACACCCUCUUUCUAGAAACGGAAGUGACUCGAGAUACUCAAAGAAGUGAUCAUUUGCAAAAGAGUCCGUUUGAAUCUAGAAAAGCAAAAAAAGUGGUUGGAGUGGCUCAAGGUUCCAAGGGAAAUCAAAAUAGUCCAGUUGGAUAUGAUAAGGCAGAAAAAAUGACUGAAGUGUAUCGAGAUGUUCAGAGAAGUGAUACUAGUCUAUUAAAGUCUAAAAAGGCUAAAAAAGUGAUUGAACUGGCUGAAAAUGCUACGAGAAAUGAAACUAGUCCAUGUGAAUAUGAUAGGACAACCAAGUUCGUGAUCGUAAUAUGUGCCCAUUGCGGGUACACUCAUGGAUGGAUAUCGAAGAGCACAAACUUGAGCAUAUGUGGGCAGCUGUUACAGAAAAGUUUGACUAUGAUAACAUGAAUGAUCAAAGAGAUAAUGUUUUGCAACAUAUGAGAAAGCUUUGGAACAAUUGGAGAGGAUCGCUACACAAGAAUAUGAAAUCCAAGUCAUUGCACGAGGUUCUAAAAGAUGUG